UAUUUUUAUUUUUAUGAUAAAAGGAGAGGAGAGAGAGUGGGAAGAGGCUUUAUGUUGUCAUAUUUUCUCAAUUUGGCAUUUCAAAGUCUAAUUUCUCUAUCUUGUUUGUUUUUCUCUCUUUCUCUCUCCCUCCUCCAUCUUCACCAUUGAAGAAAAAUACUUUUCAGGUGUUUGAGGAAGAAGAGAAGGACUUAUCAAUUACUCUCGAAAAAUUUUCAAGGACCGCUCAGAGGGGUUUUUCUUUUGGGCUCUUGGCGAAGCAGAGAUGAAUGUCAUGCGUCGCCUUAAGAGCAUUGCUUCUGGACGUUCUUCUGUUUCAGAUCCUGGUGGUGAUUCAAGCAUAAAGAGGGUGAAGGUUGAGAAAGAAGUAGAUCAAAGAGUGGUUGGUGAAACUCAAAUGGAAGAGGGAUGUACAACUACUACAGUUCCAAAGGAAGACAUGGCUUCUACAUCUAUGGAAACCACUGCUGGAAGUACCUCAACAAUGGAUAUUAGACUUGAAAAUUCUGAACUUGAUGAACUUCCUAAAGAAAUGCAUGAAAUGAAAAUUAAGGAUGAAAAAGAUGAUAAAGCUGAUAGUCUAGAUGAUAAUUUGAAGGAUAUGGAACCUGCUGUUGUUAGUGGAAAUGGAACAGAAACUGGUCAGAUUAUUGUGACUACUGUGAGUGGUAGGAAUGGACAAGAGAAACAGACAUUGUCUUACAUGGCGGAGCGCGUGGUUGGCACUGGUUCAUUUGGAGUUGUCUUUCAGGCUAAGUGCUUGGAAACUGGUGAAUCUGUUGCAAUAAAGAAGGUCUUACAGGAUAGGAGAUACAAGAACAGGGAACUUCAGAUUAUGCGCACACUUGAUCAUCCUAAUGUUGUUAAACUACGACACUGCUUCUAUUCUACUACUGAGAAGAAUGAAGUCUACCUUAACCUUGUCCUGGAAUACGUGUCUGAAACUGUUUACCGAGUAUCAAGGCACUACAGCAGAAUGAACCAACACAUGCCCAAUAUAUAUGUGCAGCUAUACACAUACCAGAUAUGCCGUGCUCUGAAUUACAUGCAUGGUGUCCUUGGUGUAUGCCAUCGUGAUAUUAAACCACAGAAUCUUUUGGUUAAUCCCCACUCGCAUCAGCUAAAGCUCUGUGAUUUUGGUAGUGCAAAGAUGUUGGUGCCUGGAGAGCCCAACAUAUCAUACAUUUGUUCUCGUUAUUAUCGGGCUCCUGAAUUGAUCUUUGGUGCUACUGAGUACACAACUGCAAUUGACAUGUGGUCUGCUGGUUGCGUUAUGGCUGAGCUACUUUUGGGACAGCCUCUUUUCCCUGGAGAAAGUGGCGUUGAUCAGCUGGUCGAAAUCAUCAAGAUAUUGGGGACACCAACAAGAGAGGAGAUUAGGUGCAUGAAUCCAAAUUACACAGAGUUCAAGUUUCCCCAGAUCAAAGCUCACCCAUGGCACAAGAUAUUUCAUAAAAGAAUGCCCCCUGAAGCAGUUGAUUUGGUGUCGAGGCUUCUCCAAUAUUCUCCAACUCUACGCUGCACUGCUUUGGAAGCAUGUGCACACCCUUUCUUUGAUUCUUUAAGGGAACCAAAUGCUUGCUUGCCAAAUGGGCGACCUCUGCCUCCCCUAUUCAACUUUUCACCUCAAGAGCUCUCUGGCGUGCCUGCUGAACUGCGAAAGCGCCUUAUUCCUGAACACUUGCGCAAGUGAAUUUUGUGAAGACAGUUGCUUAGGCUUUGUAAAUGGGUUUUUCUUGAGAGGUGUAGUUGCCCAAUCAGCGUUAUGUUGCUCCAGCAAAUGCAGCUGCUUUCUUGGCCUUAGUAAUAUUUGAUGGAAUACAACAUCAUAACAUGGGAGCUAGUUACUUGCUAGUUGGUUUCGGAUGACGGAUAUGACAGUAAGAUUUGCGGGUGAUUUAUCGCAGUGUCUCUCGUCUUUAUAAACAUAUUAUGUUCAGUACCCCAGUAGUUUUAGAUGAGAGUUUUCAUCUGUUAAUUUAUACCUUUUAGCAAGCAAUAUCUAGUUUGAGGGGUAUUCAUAAGAUUAAUGAGUGCUCCCAAACUUGGAGUUAUAGAUGAAUGAUUAGGAGUUUUAUAUUCGUUAAAGUAUAACAUUUCAUGUCUUCUGGUUGCCCUAUAGAAAUGUGAAAUUGCAUCAUGCUAA